AAUUCCGUUGUGUUGUCGGACAAUGGGUUCUAAUAACACAACCACAUGAUUGCAAAGCAGUGAUCAGGAAGAAACUGUCAGGAAUUGGAGUGCAGUACAACCAACAAAGCCAAAAUGACUUAAGAUGUGACACUUUGGAAAGAGCGAUGAAGAGAAAUCUAGAUGCAUCUUCCCCUGCUGCUGGUGGUGAGCGACCAAAGAAGCACCAGAAGACGGAGAAAGUGGUCCCGCCCCUCAAAAAAGCUGGACCGUACUUUCUUGGUCCGAGGCUUGGUUCUUCACCAGUACGAAGUAUUGUGCAGUGUCUUGCAAGGAAGGAUGGGACAGAUGAUUUCUAUACUCUGAAGAUCCUGAGUAUGGAGGACCCCAGUCGUGAGAGCCAGGACCACAGACAGGGGAAGAUGUUGAUGCACACUGAAUAUUCUUUGCUGUCUUUACUGCAUGAUCAGCGUGGUGUUGUACAUCAUCAUGGUCUGUUCAAGGAUGAAGUAUGGGAGGAUGUUGGUGGCCCUGAUGGAGUUGAACACCUCACUGGCAGGAAAAAGAAGCGUCUCUGUCUCGUCCUUGACUGUCUCAUCCCGCAUGAGUUCAGCAACAAAAACUCGGACCUCAUCAAUCUGCAGCAUCAUGUUAUCAAAGAGAAGAAACUUGCUGAGAAAGAAGCUAUUGUGAUCUUUAAUGAGAUAGUUAAGACAGUUGAAGCCCUCCAUAAGAAAAAUAUAGUUCACCGAGAUCUAAAGCUUGGUAACAUGGUGCUGAACAAGCGGUCAAGGAAGGUGAUCAUCACAAAUUUCUGCCUGGGGAAACAUCUGGUUUGUGAAGACGACUUGUUAAAAGAUCAGAGAGGAAGUCCUGCAUACAUCAGCCCAGAUGUUCUAAGUGGUAAAGCAUAUUUAGGAAAACCUAGUGAUAUGUGGGCUCUUGGCGUGGUUCUGUUCACAAUGCUGUAUGGGCAGUUUCCAUUCUAUGACAGUGUCCCCCAAGAACUCUUCAGGAAAAUCAAAGCUGCUGAAUAUACAAUACCAAAUGACGGGCGUGUGUUGGAAAGUACCACAGACUUGAUCAAGAAGCUUCUCGUCCUAGACCCAAGGACUCGUCUAACAGCAACGCAAGUCCUUGAACAUUUGGAAGUGAUCAUUGCUACAUGGAAAUCGCUAUCAAUCAAAUCUGGGCCUUUUCAAGUUGUUCCUGACGUAGACUUUGUUGAAGACACAACAGAAUCAAAACCUUCUACAUCCACAGUAGCGAGUCCCAGCGUUAAUUUUGAGGCGAAACUCGUCAAAGCGCACAAUGGACCGACUGACGGGGAGAAAGAGAAACGAUACAUGUUACCACGGCGACAGCAUAGUCAUCCUCCAAUCAGAAGAGUGAGUCAAGAUGCAAGGCCAUUGUCUGCUGAUGAGGUUUUAUCAAAGAUACAUUUACUGCCGUUAUAGAGUUCACGGAAUAGACUUAGUGUUAUGAAAUUGUGAUGAAACUUUGAUGGCUAAAAACCGUAAUUCAGUGCAUUGGUGUAUUCCAAUGUAAUGAAUUUCCCUAUACAUAUCGCAUUUCUUAAAGUAGUUUAACUCAUUUGUAACAAUUAGCUGAUAAUAUGUGUAUGCUGACAAGCUGACAGGUACAUGUAUACAAUAGCCUACAUAGACAUAUGUACUGUGAGUAAUGUGACUAGGAAAGUGUUUGAGAUAGUUUUAUCAAAUUUUAUCUGUAUGUUCAUGUUUGUUGUUUGUGUGGUCCUACUGUGAUGUUGUUUUUGUUUCAUACCAGGCUCGAAUGGAUUAUGUAAAAAAAAACAUUGUAAAAUUAUAAGGGGGAAGGGAGGGUAACUUGUUCUUCAAGAUAUAUAAUUUCCAGUGCUUGUUAAAAAAAUUGUGGACUGGUUCAAGACUCCCAUCAUGACCAAUAUGGAACAUGAUAUAAAAUGUGUGAUCAUGCCUUAAAUUCAAACUCGUUUUGUUGUACUGCAUGGAGUUCAAGGACUUAUGUCAAUCCAGCUCUUUUCCCCACUAUAAGUUGUUCUGUUCAUGAGUUCACUGUAAAACCUGGAAAUAUCCGUGGCCAUUUUUUUUGCUGUUUUGUGAAAUUGCAACAUUUGUGUACUUUUAAUUCAAUGUUCUGACACCACUGAAAUAGUUAUUUCAAUUUUGCCAUUGUAUAUUUUCGUGAUUCCUGUAAAUGCUAAAAAGGGCAUGCAAAUAUUUCCAGGUUUGCAAUUAUCACUAAUAUGUCAGAACUGCAUGAAACGUGGAUAGUACUGUGCCAGUAUUUCAUCAUGAAGAUAAGAUAGAAUGAAAGGUGUUGUCUAUAACUAUGUUAUCUAUAACUAUGUUAUACUGGAAGUUGUUAGAGAGUAUUACUGUUGAUAAGAUUCAAAAUUUUGUCUUGAUGUAUGUGUUUUAUCAUGCUUGUUGCAUUUAUUGUUUGAGUCAACAAAUUUUAUCUCACAUUUUAUCAGAAU